GAAAUAUUUGCGGGUGGAGCUUGACGAACAUAACCAUAACCAUAACCAUAACCAUAACAUAACCAGAGAGGAGAGAGAAAGCUAGAGAGAGAAAAGGACAGCGAGGUCCGUUAGAAUAAAGAGCUUCCUCUCCUUUUCCAAGGGUUAGGGAGCAGAAGUCGUCAAUCAAAUAUGUGUUGAUUCAUCAUUUUCAUAUUCAUACUCACUUCAUUCAUUCAUUCACCCACCGAUUCAUGCCUCAUCCCUAAUUCCACCCAACCAACCAUACCUAGGGUUUCCUCUACCAUCUUACUUCCAUUUCCCAAGAGUCAUGCCAACCUAUACCGCGAUAGCUUUGGAUAGGUUAAUAGAACCAGGGGCUUCGAAAUCCAUGGAAGCAGCAAAGAAUGCUCCUGGUACGAAAAUGGAGAAGAGAAGCAAUACUUCUAAUUCGAAGCUGGAGAGGGGAAUGAGUAUUCCUGUCUUGAAGCCAGUGAGGGGAAUGAGUGUUCCGAACUCGAAGCUGGAGAGAAGAAAUACUACAUCAAUCACUACAGCUUUAGAUAAGAAACACCAUUGGGCUCAGAUAUCACCGGCACUCUAUGCCACUCCUGAGCCAACCCCACUGCCAGACUCUCCAUCUUCAUUCCCUCCAUCACCUUACAUCAUCAAUCACAAGCGGCGUGGGCCACGCCUCCUCAAGAGCUCCUCUGUGGACGAUGUUGCUACUCGCCAAGAAGCUCUGGAUGGAAAGGAUAUAACUGAGAAUUCAAAAAAUGCAGAGAAGCAGGUUGCUGAUUCGACCAAGGAUGUUACUUUUAAGGUCACCGUUCCUAGUACUAUUGAUGAGGAGCAUGUUAAUGAUGUUUAUGAUGGGGAGCAUGGAAGCAACGAUUUCUCUAAUGGUCUGCCCGAGAAAAGGGGCCCUGUGAAGACUGUAGCAUUCAAUUUGGAACGAGAAGGUGAGGUUGAGGAUUUCCUUGAUCCUCAGGAAUCAAUGAGUGUUAAGAGCACUGAAGCAGAGAGUAGUAGUGGGGUGGAACGGUCCUUGAAUCUCGCUACUCCAAUGGCAGAGUUUUAUGAUGCUUGGGAAGAAUUAUCCUCUGAGAGUGCACCGCAGCUUUCUCUGCGUGAUGUUGAAGCUGAAUUGCGUGAUAUAAGAUUGAGUUUAUUGAUGGAGAUUGAGAAGCGGAAGCAAGCAGAAGAAGACCUGAGUAAUACGCAAAGCCAGUGGCUGAGGAUUCGGGAUCAGUUAUCUCUUGUGGGCAUUACACUUCCUGCGGAUUUAACAGAGCAUGACCAACAGGAAGUUGAUCCUGCAGAAGAGGUCAGCCGCCAAGUCUAUUUUGCUCGGUUUGUGUCAAAUUCCAUUGGUAGGGGAACUGCAAAGGCUGAGGUUGAGAUGGAGAUGGAUGCUCAGAUAGAAUUAAAGAACUUUGAGAUUGCUCGGCUAUGUGACAGAUUGCAUUAUUAUGAGGCCGUGAAUAGAGAGAUGUCUCAGAGGAACCAGGAAGCAGUAGAGACGACACGACGGCUUAGGCAACGAAGGAAGAGAAGGCAGAGGUGGGUUUGGGGUUCGAUUGCUGCUACAAUUACACUUGGCACUGCUGCCUUGGCAUGGUCUUACCUUCCAACAGGAAAAGGAUCGUCUUCUACCAACCAAUCACCUGAAGGUGACCAUCCAACCGAAUGACGGGCUUCCUGUUAAAUAGCUAGCUGAAUGAAAUGUCAUAGAAGAAGAAAUAAGUGAACGAGAGGUCAAAUAUGCCAUCUUGUGAAUAUUAAAACAUCGAGCUUUCUUUUCUGGUUGCCUAUUUUCUGCCAUUGCAGGAUGUGUAUAGUUCCUGCAUAAUAAUUUUUUUGUUCUUAAAGUUGUGCCUUCAAAUGGCAAUAUAUAGUUAGGUUAUGAAUCAUAUAUUGGAUCAGUCUCUGUAUGUAAAAAUCAGGUUUCCUCA